CAGGCAUGCGCAUGCUCCGGUGCGUCUCGGAGGUCGCUCGCGCCGGUGUAUAACCACGAGUGGUGUGAAUUUAAGGGCAUCAUGUUAUGAAGAGAUGGGGGCUGCGGUGAUUCGCGCAAUCAGGAAUUUCAAUCUAGAGAACCGAGCGGAACGGGAAAUCAGCAGGAUGAAGCCCUCCCCCGCCCCGAGGCACCCCUCCACCAAGAACCUCCUGCGGGAGCAGAUGAGCAGCCAUCCAGAAAUUAAGGGAGAAAUUGCUAGAAAAGAUGACAAACUGCUGUCAUUACUAAAAGAUGUGUAUGUCGAUUCCAAAGAUCCCCUGUCUUCUGUGCAGGUAAAGGAUGCUGGAACACCUCAGAAGCCAAAGGAGUUCAGGUUGCCAAAAGACCAUCAUUCUGACAUGAUGAAUGUUAAGAACAUUCCCAAAGGCAAAAUUUCCAUUGUAGAGGCACUGACACUUCUCAAUAAUCAUAAACUUUAUCCAGACACAUGGACUGCUGAGAAAAUAGCUGAAGAAUACCAUCUAGAACAGCAAGAUGUAAAUUCCCUUCUCAAAUAUUUCGUUACUUUUGAAGUCAAAAUCUUACCCCCUGAAGGCAAGAAAGCAAUACAAUCAAAACGAAGAGAAUCUUGAAAUAACUUUUCCUUUAUGUACUCUGCAUCCCUGUACCCUGUUUAUUUUCUCAUUUUUAGCAUAUUAAAUUAUAUAAAUUACCAAAUGUGUUAAGCUCCCUCCUUGUGAGAGCAUGCUAUUUAUUGAGCUCUGCUGAAUUUUCAGGAUUGCUAUUAGAAUUAAUUUUGUUCUCUUUUAAACUUUAAUUUGAUUUAGGCAUAUGUUCUUAUGUAAUAUCAGCAUGACUAAUCAGCACAUGUAUAAAUUUAUUAUAAAUAAAAGAGUUAUCGUACAUUAGGCAA